AAUUACAUAUUUUGUGUUGGGUUGGGUUUUUACUUAAAAAUAUCGCCAACCCGACCCAACCCAAUUAGAAAUAAUCCGUAGGGUUUAAUUUUUUUUGGGUGGGUUUGGGUUUAAUAUUUCUCAAACCGUAGUGCAUAGGUCGGGUGAUUAAAAUGAUUAAACCCGAACCAUCUGACCCAUGUACACCCCUAGUUGCUGCCAACAACUUUGAGGUUAGUACCUCUAUCAUCACCAUGCUGCACGGCUCAGUAGUAUUCCGUGGCAAGGAGGGAGAGUGCCCCCGAUCACACCUGAGGCAGUUCCACAAGCUCAUAGAUGGGAUCAAGAUAAAUGGGGUCCCAGCCGAUGCCAUUCAGCUAAGGUACUUCCCCUUUACUCUAGAAGGGCAAGCCACAGAGUGGCUAGACACUCGGCCUCCAGGAUCGAUCACCACGUUCGCCAACCCGGCGGACAAAUUUCUCACCCGCUAUCAUCCUCUGUCCAAGACGGCGGACCUGCAGAAGCAAAUCACCCAGUUUGCCCAGGAGGAAGAUGAAACCAUUCGGGAUGCUUGGGAAAGAUACACCAGUCUUUUCCUGAAGUGUCCCAAUCAUGGGUUCAAUUGCGCCUUUAAGGUGGGCACUUUCUACCACGCCCUCUUCCCAGAAGACAAGCAGUUGAUUAACUCGGUCUGCGGCGGGAAUAUGCUGACAAAGACCCCGUUGCAGCUGAAUAGACUCUUUGAAGAGAUGGCAGAGCAGGAAUAUGAUUGGGGGACUGCUAGGAGAUCGAGGCGAGCACCAGGUCUCGGUGUGCAUUAUGUGGCCACCCUGUCGUCUGAGUUGGUGCAGGUGGUAUCUAAACUAGUCUCAGCCAUCGAUCAUUUUCGACUGGUUUCAGGGACAGCACAGCAACAGGCGAUGCACUGCUAGUGGUGCGAAAGCUCCCAUCACACUAUGGAGGACUGUCAGGCGAUGAGGGAGUCGACUACUCUCCAGGAGCAGGUGGACUUCAUCGGCAAUGUCAGGCUUUUCGACCCCUAAAGCAACACUUACAACGAGGGGUGGCGCCAGCAUCCCAACUUCUCUCGGGGUGGGACCAAUCAUAGACCACCAGUCUCCUAGGGACCGCCAGGCUACUAGAGGCCUCCUUACCAGCCCAGACAAGGGCAAUUCCAGCAGCAACAACCACUUUACCCGCCCAGACAGGGGUCAGUUCCCCCUCAGUCACAGAUGCGACCAUUUCAGCUGUCAGGUGCAGCCCCCGCAGCCCCAAUACAGAGUGAUCUGAAUG